AUGUUUGGAAUUGAUAAUAUUAUAUUAGGAAGUGAUGAAGACGAGGAAUCCUUAUCCAGGGAACUGUUGAAGAAACUUACUCCGGCCGUACUUAGCAAACUCAGGCGUAGCUUUAAAAAGGCUAAGGAGAGAAACACAGCGAGGGAUAUCGAACGUCGGGUAGAGGAGGUGAUGCGUGCUGCCGCGGCUGAGGAAGGCAUAGAGUUUGCGACGCCGGCGACGCGGCAACCCAAUACCUUGUACCUGGAUGAGAAAAGCUUUGUGGCAGCCCUAGAAAACAUUUUUGGUCAUCACAAGUACACGACACAUGCGCAUCAGUUUUUCCAAACAUUAGACGCGUUUGGUAGCGGACGAGUGUGGUGGAAGCAAGUAGUGGCGAAACUGGUAGCAGCAGGCGCUAGGAGUACCACCUCCAGAUGUGAGAGAUGGAGCCCCGUCAUGGUUGGAGGGAUGCUGAAGUUGGAACAUUGUAAGAGGGAGACGAUAAUAAAACUCGUAAAUAUAGAGCGAGAAAACUCUUUCUGCUAUGCGGCAGUCUCGAGGGGAGGCCGAGUAGGAGUGUACAGUGGAGAUAUGCAACUCUUAAGCUCUUACGAAGAGCUCUUCGGUGCCCCCCAUACUUCCUACUGCAACAUUACAAGUUGGCGGAAAGUCCAUUCGCGCUCUGUAAGACGCGUGAGUCACGCGCGAGAUGGAGACUACGUGCUGUCCUGCUCGCACGACACGUCAGUCAGCGUGCGAUUAAGACAUGCCCUCGGGAAACUUGAAGAUUAUGUAUUUAACGUGCAAAGAGGCGUCUCCUGCUUCCAUAUGGUGCCAUCAUUGCACAUGUUGGUGACAGGAAGUCCGGACGGUAUUGUUCGUUUGUGGGAGAGUCCUCAGAGCUCGCCUUUCGCCUCUCUCUCCGUUCCUGGAUCACCAGCUAUACUGGAUGUCGCUGUCGUCGUCGCUUUGGAAAUAAUCGUUGCUUAUUGCACGCCAUUAGUACCAGUGACUUCAAAACCAGCUCCACCAUCACCGAAGCUCCUGAAGCCAGUAGCAAUUGAACAUCCAACUUAUGAUCUGGAUGAGCUCUUAGAGAAAGCAGGACUACAGGGAAUAUUAGAAAAGGACUUUGUGUUGAUGCAAGGUCUCAAACAUGACUUGAAUAAGAAACUUUAUGAGAUGGAGGCAAAUAAGGAAGCCAUCCGGUCGGCAGUGACUGCUGGCGCGCCGUACCUCGCGCUUAAAAACUACGAACCAGAACCGCUCCCUACUUUUCAAGAUCUCGCAGAACAAUGUUCUCGGGUCAUGAGGUUACUCCCAGGCUCUAGCGUCAUUGCAUCACCAUCGGGCAGCGAAUACUCCUCGCCGCGAAACUCGAAGUCAUUCAAAUUAUAUAAAUCUGGAUAG